AGCCGUCUCUCAUUCUCUCCUCCCUCCUUCCUCUGCCUCCCGUGACGAGAGCAUCCCCAGCCGCCGCCGCCGCCGCCGCCGCCGCCAGGCGAUUCCGGCGAGUUCUGGCGGCCCUCGCCGGCGCGCAGGACACGCACGUGCUCCCCUCGCCACGCUCCUUCCUUCCCUCCGGCCAGAUCCGCUCCUCGCGGCCGUGUCCCCUCCCGGCGGCUAGGGUUCCGGCUGCGGCGUCGCCUCCAGCUCCGGCGAGGUGAGCUCUGCCUUCCCUUCCCUGGCCUUGAUUCAGAUCUCCAUCUUCCUUCUCUCCCCGACGCCCGAGCCCGACGACGCCGUGCCGGCGACGGCAUCGGCUGUGUGCGCCGUGCGUCGACUACAACCUCUCCGGUGAGGUGAGGAGGUCAUAUUCUACUGCCCCGAGCACAUUGAAAGAUGGUUAAUGCAAUCAAGGGGCUGUUCAUCUCCUGUGAUAUACCGAUGGCUCAGUUCAUUGUCAAUAUGAAUGCGUCAAUGCCCGCAUCGGAGAAGUUCAUCGUGCACAUUCUUGACCCCACACACAUGUUCAUCCAGCCUAAUAUGGGAGAUUACAUCAAAAGUAAGAUGGCGGAGUUCAGAGACCAGAACAGCUAUGAGAAGCCAACGUGAAGGGCCACCAUCCAUUACCGCGGUGCCAGCUUCCAUCCAUUACCGCGGUGCCAGCUUCAAGAAACUCCAUCAAGAGAUACCUAUGUUGAUUAUCGCUAUGUAGAAUGGUUAUAUGCUGAGACUGAACGUCAUGUCUCUCUUGUGAUGUUCUGUUUCCUACUUCUGAGCCAAUUUAUGAUACAGAGUUCUGCGUCUUAUGUAUCUUCGGAGUGAGCCUUUAGCUGCUAAUAUUUCUGGUGAUGUUGAUAUUGAUACCGUGUGCUGAAUAAAGUACCACCUCUUGUCAA